AUGGCAGAUGAACAGCGUGGAAGCCCCCAGCGAGCACGGCUGGCAGCACGGCUCGAUCUGCAGGACGCCACGAAAUGCCCCUCCGCCGUGGAUGCCAACGCACUCUGCGAGGGCGCCCAGAUCUCCGCGCGCUUCACGGUACGGGGCCUCUCACUGCGGCAGCUGGACGCAGAGUACGGCGACUGCUCGGCGGCAACGGGGCUGUGCCUGAGCGGCUUCUUCCGGGUGAAGCUGCUACAGCGCCAAGUGGACGCCUUUGACGGCCAGGAGGUGGCGGACUUGGGGGACUUCUUCACUGCCGAACUGGAGCCCAUCUCUGGCCUGGACGACCCCAACGCCAUCAUGGCCAAGAGGGGCCUGCAGCUGCCGGAGGGCUUGCUGGAGGCCUCAGGCUACUUCCUGCGGAUCUUCUUCUUUGACGCCACCGGGAGUUGCUGCUCCGCGACAUCCACAUCCUUGCUCUUCGCAGACUCAGAGGACUUCAGUGUGGAGGGCCAGGAGUAUUUGGUGCAGGAGGAGAUGGACCUCGCCAGCGAGGAGAUCUCUGCGGGGCUUUGGGAGGAUGCACACACCAGAAUGGCCACUGCCUGCAGGGUCACAGCAACACCCAGUAGCUGGAUCACCUGCGAGACUGCCAAGGCGCUGCAGCUGGGCUUGCCCGCCGGGCAGCGGGCCAUCGUGCCCCUGCCGCUGCUGCACUCCGCGGGCAGCGCGCAGGUGGCGGCGCUGGGCGCGGCCUUCCCGGUGAAGGAGGCUGGUCAGCGGCUGGUGGACAUAGAGCUGGCCUAUGCAGCCACUAUGGACAUCAUCCCGGCGAACGCCUCGGAGUGGCGCGCCAUCAUGGACCCCCUCUUCCAGUCCAUGGAUCGCCGCUUGCAGGCUGAGGUGACUGGGCCGAAUGCGACCACCAGCACCACCUCCACCACCUUCACCACCUCCGCGUGGAUUAGCUUUACGCCAGACCAGGCGCUGGCGCGGCUGGAGGCCUUGAGAAGCGGCGCGCUGCAGCUGCAGGCCGCGGCGGACCAGCUCCACGGUCAGUGGAGCUCCGAACUGAGCUCCUGCGCCUCACUUCUGCCGCAGAAGCUCCAUGACUUGCAGGAGAUUGACAAGAUCAUGGGGGACAGCGCUCAGAAUGCCUCCUUUGACAUUGUGCGACUGGCGCAGUCUGUGAGCUGGAAGUUUGCCCACGAACUCCACGUCUUGCAGAAUUCCACUGCCACGCUGGAGGUCAAGGAGACGGCCAUGGCGGAGCUUCUGCAGCGCCUGGGCGCUGCAGCGCUGCUGAUGAUGGGCACCUGGGGCAACUCCUGGUACCACGGCAUUGAGUGGCGGCUGAAGGCGGAGUUGGGCCAGCCGCUGCUUUGGCCGCCGUUCGGCGUCCCGGCAGACGUCCUGGGGGGUGCCGAGCGGCCCCCAGGGUCCGUGAGCCCGCAGGAGACCAAGAAGCGGGUCUGGCAGCGCUUGGAGGAGGUUGCCCAGGACAUGUUCAGCUACGGCGAUGAGCUGCUGCUGGCCAUCAGCACACAGACUACCACAUCCACCACGACCACCACCACCACAACAGCAGAGACCACUACCACAACCCCAACAACUUCCCCAGACACGACGACCAUGCCUGCCACGACUCCCGCGGCGACCACCGAGGCGGCGACCACCACCAAUGCCCGGAGGCUGAGCUUUUCAACGAGGAGCCUGUCCCGGGUACUGCCAACGGUCAGAGGUGUGGUGCAGGAGGUGAUAGACGUCACUGAGAAGGUGCUGGAGCCGCUGUCCCGGGAGGGCGCGCAGCUCUUCGCCGGGGCACUGCCCAACAUCUCGGUGCCAGGCACAUCCAGCUGCAACACUCGGGGGUGGUGUCUCUCCUUCGCCACCGAGUUUUUCAGCGAGGAAUUGAUCAUAGACGAUGUUUGGGAGGGCUUCGGCGCCCAAGCGGUGCGGCCCUGGGUGGAUCCUCGGGUGGAGGAUCUGCGGCUGAAGAAGGCCUCCGAAGAGAUGCUGGCGCUGGCCUGGGGCCGCAUUCGCAUCUUGGAGGAGUUCCUGCUGCAGCUGGUGGACCUCCGGUACUUGCAGAUCCAGCCCCAUGUGGCAGAGAACGUGGCCUCACAGAGUCAGGCCCUGGCAAACCAUUUGGAUCGCCUCAUGCUCUGGGCCUACGCUCCCCAGAACGUGACCAUCCUCAGCGACCGACCGGAGGCCUUGUGGCACUGGCAGGAGCUGGCGAAGCUGCGGCAGCUGUUGGCGCAGGGCCGCCGCAGCGCCGCGGUGCUGGCGCGGCGGCGCCUGAGCCGAGUGGAGGCGCUCAGCGCCUGGGUGGCUGGCCAGAAGGACGACGGCUACUUCGCGGGCCCGGCGAGUUGGAGCUGGCGCCAGCCCUGGACGCCCUGGAGCCCCCGCUCUCCAGGCAGCCCUUCGGGCACCUUCUUCGCGGCCAGCGCGGCGGCCGCGGCGAAGCUGGAGGCCAGCAUCGACGAGAAGGAGCUGAUCUCCGUGACCCAUGCCAAGGCCUAUCUCCGCAUGGACGUUAGUGCCUCCAGUCGGCCCAUCACCUACGCAGGGCUGAAGCACAGUGGCAGCGCGGUGGUGCGGCUUCAGGCUCCAGCCGACAAGACGCACCUCAUGAUGCACGCCGAGGCCCGCGCUUUCCUCAUCUCGCCCUCGGACUUGGUGGAGCCUUUGCCCAUCGGCCCCGAGUCGGGGGACGCCCCCAGCGGCGCCUACCCGGAGCCCCACGUUGAGCUCAGGCUGAAGCGGCUGGCGGGGGCCUUCCAGGCGGCGGCGGUGGAGCCGCCAAUGGAGGGCUCCGUGCCCUUCGUGACCCGCCACGAGCGGCGGGACUGCGCCCUGCUGCCGCAGCCGGAGCGGCAUCCGGAGAUCGUCCCGGCGGCGCUGCUGCCGCUGGACGGCUUCUGGGUGCUCACGGCCCGGGAUGGGCUCACCGGCCGCCUGCUGGACAUCGACGAGGGCACCACUUUGCGGCUGCUCUUUGAAUUGGAUGUGCCGGACGGCACCCCGCCUUGGCGCCUUCUAUCGGACACCACUGACGUGCUCUACAAGAUGGCGGAGGACGGGCGCUGCGAGGGCCUGCGUCCCAUCUUCGGCUCGGCGCCGGAGACCAGCACUUUCCCCUCCACCACGCGGACCACGCUCUACACCUCCACCGCCACCACCAUCGCGCUGAUCCCUACCACCACGCGCCCAUCCGUGGUGGUGGUCCCGGAGGGCGAGGAGGACCUGGUCCUGGCGCCCAAGCACUCCACCUCCUCGCCGCCUUUUGCGGCCACAGCGCCCUGGAGCCCGCACACGUGA